AAAUUCCCCAUUUUCUUCCAUAUGUAUAAAUAAAUAACUUCCCUUCUCAUUUUCCUACAAAAACAUUAUCAUCAUCAUCAUCACAUUUCAUAAUAUUCACUACACCAAAUCCAAAUCCAAGGAAGACCCAGAUGGAAGCUGUGGGAUUAGGCCUCGAAAUCACCGAGCUCCGGCUAGGACUUCCCGGCGGUGGCGGUCUAAUUUCGGCGAGUAAGAACAAUGAGAAGAAAAGGGUUUUCUCUGAGGUGGAAGUGGAAGAUAAGAGUCACGGAGACAGUGAAGACGAGGGACGGAGGAAGCAGGUGGUGGGGUGGCCGCCGGUGUGCUCGUACCGGCAGAGGAACAGCUUUAAGGGAAAGGGAGAAUGUGAUAAAAGUGAAGGAAUAAUAAUGGGGAUGAAGAAACAGAUGUAUGUGAAAGUGAGCUUUGAAGGGACACCUUUUCUGAGGAAAGUUGAUUUGGGGAUGGUUAAGGGAUAUGGGGAUCUUGUUCGAGCAAUGGAGAAGCUGUUUGGGAGUUCAAUUGGUGGCUCUGAAUAUACUGUCACUUAUGAAGAUAGAGAUGGUGAUUGGAUGCUAGUUGGGGAUGUGCCUUGGAAGAUGUUCAUUGAAUCAUGCAAGAGACUGAGGAUAAUGAAGAAAACAGAAGUCAAGAGAUCAGAGAUGAACUCAUUGAGCCAAUAAUGAACGAGCUUCUUCAAGAGGACCUUUCAAAACAUAUGUAGAAUAACGAAGACUUAUGGGAGGAUCACUUCGAUAUCUUUCAAUCCAAAGCUUUUUGUUUCUUCUUUGUGCCCAUUUGAUUUGAUUGUUUUUUGGUUUCUUUGCUAUAAAUAUUUCAGACAUUUCUGAUUGAUCGAUGAUACCUUAACUGGCUAAGGUUUAUGUAGAAGUGAUCAAUCUCUUUAAUGAUUCAACCACUAUUUUUUGUUUUUUGUUUUAA